CCCUGUUUGUGCCUCGCUACUCGCCGUAGGUAACCAGGAAGUAGCGCUGUAACCAAGUAGAACGCUUCCCUUUUGGUUAUUUGUUUACGCGUCCGCUGUCGUUAACGGCUUUCCUCUUUAUUACAUUUUUGUUUUCAUAUUAUUCAUUUAAAUCAGGAGAGCACCAAAAGAUACACGCUUCAGUGCGGUAAACCCAAAAGCUUUCAACGUGAAUUGUCAAACUGAUUUAGCAAGCAGAGCCUAAUAUACUUAUUUGCAGUGCGAGCGAUUAUAAUAAGCGUCAACUACAGCAUUAGCGCAUGUCAAAUGCAAUAAGCAUGUUUUUAUAAUUACAGCAUUUUGUGAAUUCAAAUUGGGUGCUCCAAUGAUUGUAGGUCAAGGUCUAUCAUAAAGGUUCGGUUAGAAAUAAAGCUUCAGAACGAAACUCGGUUGAGCAGCAGAUCCAUGGCUUUACCGACGCUUUCAGCGCACUGGCCGGGUCGCGUGCGGACUCUGGAGAGGCAGCUGGUGCGGCAGCGGGAGCAGGAGGCUCGCUGGAGGCAGCAGUGGGAGCUGCACUCUCAGUACUUCAGAGAGCAGGAGGUCCGCAGCAGCAAACAGGCGCAAUGGAGCUCACGGCAGUCCUUCCAGCGCAGUAUGUCAGCAUUUCAGCGGGAGCACAUGAAGGAGGAGAAGCAGCGGAAAUUAGAGGAACGCAGGGAGCGUCUGAGGACGAUGCUCCAGGAGGAGAGAGACCAGUUGGAGGCAGAGCUCAGAAAUGUUCGCCCAGACAGAGCCACGCUGACUAGACAGCUGGUGGAAAAAACAGAUGCUUUCCGGUCUGCAAGGGAAGAGAGGAGGAAAAAUCUUGCACAGGAACUGCUGAGGGAACACUGGAAGCAAAACAACACAGAUCUGCGGAAGGUGGAGUCAGAGUUGCACAAAGAUCACGUUGUGAGCCAGUGGCAGUUUCAACAGCAGGAGAAAAAACAGGCUGAUAAGAGAUCUCAGGAGGAGAAACAACGUUUUGAAAAUGAGUAUGAGAGAACCAGACGGGAGGCUCUGGAAAGAAUGAAGGAAGAAGAGGAGAAGAGAAGACAGGAGGAAAAGAAGCAAGCUGAAGACCUCCGCAAACAGAUGGAGGAGCUCAAACUACGAGACCAGGAAGCUGAGCGUCUUAAGCAGGAACAGGAAGCUCUGAUGUCUCAACGCUGGGAGCUUGAGAAGCUAGAGGAUGAGAGGAAGAGGAUGGAAGAAAGCAGGAGGAAAACUGAAUUUGGGCAUUUCCUGACUCGUCAGUAUCGUGCUCAGCUGAAAAGGAGAGCACAGCAGGUGCAGGAGGAACUGGAGGCAGACCGCAAGAUCCUGGCGGCGCUGCUGGAGGGAGAGGUGGAGGAGCAGAGACUGGAGAAAGCCAGAAAAGAGAGAGCUGUCGCUGACGCCGCCUGGAUGAAGAGAGUCAUAGAGGAGCAGCUCCAGCUGGAGAGGGAGAGGGAGGCAGAGUUUGAUAUUUUAUAUCGGGAGGAAGCUCAGCGUGUUUGGGAGAAGAGAGAGGCAGAGUGGGAGAAAGAGAGGAGAGCCAGAGAAAGACUGAUGCGAGAGGUCCUGGCAGGACGUCAACAGCAGUUGGAGGAACGAAUGCAGGAGAACAGACUGGCAAGGGAGGAGUCUCUGCAGAGGAGAGAAGAGCUCAUCCAACAGCUGGAGCAAGAGAGACUCACCCUACGCCAGGAGAGAGAGCUGCAGGAGGGAUCCCGCACAGCUCGCAUGCAGGAGAUCAAUGCACAGGUGGCGCAGAGGCGCAAGGAACAGUGGGAGGAGCAGCAAAGACAAGAGCGGGAAGAAGUACAAGAGAGGGAGGAGCUUAGGCUGCAGGAGGAGGAGCUUCGUCUUGAGACAGAGAGAAUGAAUCGACAGGGCUACCAGGCGAGAAUUCACAGCAGACCCCGGUCAGCAUGGACAUGAGAGCGCUUUUACAGGAAGAAUUUUUGUGCCACAUCCCCUAUCAGAUGCUAGGAUGCAUUUUUGGGGAUAUCUAUGUCCAUGCUGAUCUCGGCCACUUUGUGCUUAAAUGAGAGCCAGUUUAGAGAUUAUUUUAAUAUAUGGCCCAAAAAUUGUUUAUGAUUUACAUUAUGGAUUCCAUAAAUAGUUGUUUAGGUAAGUUCUCAAUUUUAAAUUUCAAUUGCACUAGUCCUGAGGUUUGCAUGUAGGGCUGUUUUUAUAUGUAGAUUGUUUUGUAUAGAUGCUGACAAGGUUUUCAAUAAAGAAAAUGUUAUCCAUUGUCUAA